AUGGACAUUUCCAGGACCAGCACCUUUGUUUCCAAGACCAGCACCUAUGCUUCCAGGAGCUCCAGCAACAUCGCAUCCGAGAGAUCGCUGCGAGUGCAAGUUGCCCCGGAGCUUCUCCGUGGUGUGCCGCUCCAUGAAUGUCUCAGUGGCUGGGCGAAGCACUGGUCUUCUUCUUCCGGUAUGUUCAGUGCCAAGGAGGGCGUCGACAGUUACACCCUGAGUCGCCAAACAACUCGUUUUCAUAACUUCUUGAGCCACGACUGGGGAACGUCUCGCUGGCUGAAGCUGACCGCGCUCCUGGUGAUCUUCAACUCCAGGGCAGCGGCAGUCGCAAGUCUCGUGGUCAGUGUCUUUUCGGGCAUUCUGCGUGCAUCAAACAUUCUGCCGGACGGUAGUUGGGCGGUGGCGAUGGGGUACCUGACCUUUUUCAUCUUCUUCUGCUUCUGGCAGCGGAUUCGAGCAGUUUUCAAACCCCGAAUGGUCUUUUUGGACAAACUCUGCAUUGCCCAGCACGAUGCUGCUCUCAAGGAGCAAGGUAUCAUGGGCUUGGCAGCAUUCUUAGACCGCUCGGAGAAGCUCACGGUCUUAUGGUCACCGCGCUACUUUCAUAGGCUUUGGUGUACCUAUGAGAUUAGUACAUUCCUCCGAAAAGUGGACGGCAACGCGCAGAUUGAGAUGAUGCCAGUGAAGCUGUCAUUUCUCUUAUGCAUCAAUGCUGUGAAGUGGUUCAUCAUGACUAUUGGCGCCCACAUAAUCAUGGACUCAUCCGAUCAUGAACUCCGGUCUUUGGGUAGAAGUCUGGCUGUCGCAGGCCCAUGCGUCCUCCUAGCAGGAUCUAUGGUUCCCUGGACCUACUUCGUCGGGAUUGGAAUGAUGGAAGACUUAUCGAAGAUGCCACAGCAGCUCACGAGUUUCCGGAUCCAGGAUGCUGGGAGCGCCUGCUGCUCUCAUAACCAUCGUCAUCCGGAGACCCAAGAGGCCAUCGGCUGCGACCGAGAUCUCGUGUUCGCCACCCUACAGGCGUGGUUGGGACGAGGUGGAGACAGGACUGAGAAGUAUCUGGAUGACUUCAACAAGCUCGUCCGCCAACGACUAGCGCCCGCUGUACUGAACACCGUCGGAGGAGACAAUCUCCCUGUGGGAUAUACGUUGUACAUGACUGCCAGCUGCCACAUACCCUUUAUCUCCAACUCCAUCGUCGCACUCACCAGGGGGCCACCUGCAGGCUACUCUGGCGGUGACGCGGUGAUCUGGGCCGUGCGCAUUUGUGUCGACUGGGCUUUCAUCUCCCUCCUGGCAGUGAUGACCACCCGGUUGAACUUCUUCCUCUGUGAGUACGGCUUUCGGAUCUUGCAGAAGACUACAACAAAGUCUAGGCUCGGCCUGGCUUUUGUGCUGUCACAGUUGGUGAUUUUGUUCGUCUCUGGUUUCUGGGUCGGGCACUUGCAGAUGUCGCAUCGCCUCGAUGACAAGAGCUGGCUUCCACUACUACCGUUUUUGAUCCUCCUCAGCGUGACGACUGUUCUGUUCAGGAAGGGGAAGAGGGCGACGUCGAAGCAGUCCGCAAAAGAGUGCAGAGGAGAUGCUGCUGAUGAUGGGCCGCGAAAAGAAGAUCUUCCUGAUAUACACGCAGAUUCAGAAACUGGCUCCACCUUUGAGGUCUGA